AUUGUCGAAGGCACCUAAUAAAAAAGGAUGUUCGCACGCACGCAUCCUGUCCGUACCUGAAUGCUAUGAUUGAUAAAUGAAAAGCUCCGACCAGAGCGAUGCCUGCUCGCCGCAUCUGGGCCGCUGGCUAUCGGGAUAGUGCGGGUCCGCAGAUUCUGUCGUUGCUGCAGAAGUUUCUGGUUUUCCAGCAUGCUGUCGAAGCGUCCCUCAUCUCCUACCUCACAGGAGAGCAGGAGAAUGCUGCUCCUGGUGCAGCCAACCAGCAGCAGCUCUAUGAUUCACCGUCGUCUGGGCUGGAUCCAAACCACGACGGGUUGGCGGUAACUCCCACCACGUCUUUCGUCCAGUUUGAGACAAGAAAUGCGCGGGCCCGGGAGUUCGAGUCGUCGGACCUGCAGCGAUAUGCUGUGCAAAAGCAUCGUACUCGUAGUGAUUGCAGUCAUGCAUGACGAAUCUGGUUCCUUAGCUUAUUCAGCAUUACAAAUUCUAUUGUUCCUUCUGGAAAGAUUUGUAAUGCUAUUUCUACUAGUACGAUACUUUUGCAAUGCAUAAGCGACCCGGAUCGCGGUACUUGGUCCAGCCGCAGAUCCGGUACAGUACAGACCCGAACAAGAGACAACCGAGUGGCCGUCCAUCCUCUCGUCGUCCGCAGCGUAAUGUAGGGCACAAGACUUUCGGGCAGAUCGUUACCAGCGCGGACGUGGAUUUGUUGGUGAAGAAGCGCAGGAAAGUCGCGAAGAAAAAGGUGGUCAGCGAAUACGACUACGGGUACAACUACGAUUUCGGCUUUGGUGCCGACAACGACACCAACAACACAAACGCGACCGAGGAACCCACAACGGAGGAACCAACCACCGAGGAGCCGACAACGGAGGAACCGACGACAGAAGCAGCCAUAGACCCGGACAACACCACAACCCUAGCACCGGAGCCCACCCCGCCGCCGCCGCCCCCGACGCCGCCGAAUCCCCCGGCAAACAUCACCACAACGGUGUCGCCGUUAACACCGCCACCGGAGGAGGAGGAAGAGGAGGUGGUGCUGGUAUGUCCCAGCGGCUACGUGCAGCGGAACGGCGGCAUUCCGGGUCCGGGGGAUCUGGGCGGCGCGGGGACCCUGAUUCAGUGCGGCGACCUGUGCAACACCAUGCCGAAGUGCCAAUCCUUUGAAAGCAGUAUGAAAUGGGGCUGAGUAGAACAAAAGGGUGCAGAUGAAUCGGCAAGCUUGUUGCUUUGCUAAGUGGAGAGGGAGUUAGGUUUCUCGUCUGUGGUAGGCAUGAUGCGAAGAUGAUUUCGGCAUAGCAAUAUGCAUUGCGUUCUGCGCAGAAGACUGCACUCUUUUCGGUCUGAUAAAAAACGACGAAUCCUGCCAGAUCAAUUACGGCCACGUUCCCACCGAUCAAGCGGUAGAGGGCUUCAUAUUCUGCAGCAAAGGUACUAUGGGUUGCUUCUUUAGAAGUAGAUUUUGGGAUUGAACAAGAGGCAGUUCUUAUUAGGGUUGGAGUUCUUGCAGGGAAAAAAUUGUGAUGAUGCUGCCCGUGUGCUGCAGCUCUGGUCGUGUGAGUGUUUUUUUGAAAAACAAAUUGGCAAUGGGAGACUUCGACAGCCAUAUAGAUUCGGAAUAGAUUCCAAAUAGAUUUGAAAUAGAUGGUUUCUGUUUUCCGAAAAAGCGUCUGCAGUUCUGCAGCACGCGAUCGAACGGAGAAUAAAAACAGUCACCGAAGUCGCGAGCUGGGCGAAAAAUGAAAACAAUUCUGACCAAAAUUUCCCGGGCCGAUGAGAAGUGGCCACAAGGUGCCUGCCCUAGCCCGAGAAAGUGGCCAGGUGAAGGGGGUAAUCUUGCAGCGCAAGCGCCGCGCUAUGCUUUUAGUUGGGCCUAGACUCUCGGACCAAGUAAGAGCAUACCCUGGCGCCUGGGAAAAAGAUUGCUCUGGCCCGCAAAAGUUGGCACAGGCGCCACGGCAUUCUUUUGCCGGGGCUGCCAGGUUUUAAGGCCAGGCACUGUCACAGCGGUGCGCUUGUGAUGCGAAAUUAAUUCUCCUGGCCCGAGAAAGUGGCCAGAUCGAUGAUGGGGGCGCGUGGUGUUUCUGAUGCGAAAAUGUUCUGGCCCGAGAAAGUGGCCAGAUAAGGGGGGGUGAUCUUGAAGUACAAGCAGCACGCUGUGCUCUUGCCUGGGCCUCUCGACUUUGAGGCCAGGUAAGAGCAUAGCAUGGCGCUUGGGAGGAAAAAAGGCCGCGUCAGCCGAAAAAAAGUUGGCCCAAACACCACGGCACUCUCUUACCUGGCCUGGCAAAUUUUUAGGCCAGGUAAGAGAGCAGCGCGGUGUUUGGGAUGCGAAAACGUCCCGGCCUGAGGUGGCCAGGAGAAAGAGACACUUUUUUUAGCACAAUCGCCAUGCUGUGCUCUUACCUGGGCCUCCAGAUUUUGAGGCCAGGUAAGAGGAUAGCAUGGCGCUUGGAAGGAAAAAAGGCCACGUCAGCCGAAAAAAAGUUGGCCAAAACACCACGGCACUCUCUUACCUGGCCAGGCAAGUUUUGGCGCCAAAUUACGGCCACGUUCCCACCGAUCAAGCGGUAGAGGGCUUCAUAUUCUGCAGCAAGGGUACUUAUCGUUUACUUGUCUUUUCCAAGUAGAUUUUGUGGUUGACGAGGCGUUCGUUAGGAGUGGUUUUGCAUGGAACACUAUUCUAUUGUGAUGAUGCCCGUGUAGUGCAAUUCUGUUUGUCUGAAAAUAAAUGUUCUUUCGGAAAACAAUAUGGAUAACAAGAGUCCGUGAGACGACCAUACCAAUUUAUUCUCAGCUGCCACCGAGUUUCCCGUCGAGAUCGCUCCGGACAUGAUUCUGUUGAAGUUUCAGAAAGGGUCGGAGAUGAAUAUGACCUGCUCAAACGUUACAAUCUCAAGCGUUACAAUAAAAUAUGGAAAUCUGUGAUGCAAGAGCGCAUGAUCUAGCCAACUCUCAUAGGAUUGCGCAUGACAAGUUCCGGAGCCCCACCCCCCACUACAAUCAGGCGAAAUUUGUAUUGCAGAACGUGGAACGCUCUGCGAGUCUGUCAUGCUCAUCAUGCAAGACAAAUCUCAGACUCUAUUGAAACGUUUGAGAUUGUAACAGCUGAGCAGGUUAUAAUGAAGUGUCCGGCGGGGUUUCACGCCGCGAACGACGCGGAGUGCAACGCUCUGGCGAUCUAUCCACAGUAAAUUUCCCGUACACGUACAAAUGUGGUUUCUGCAUUACAAAACUUGCCUUCAAUCCUAGUGCAGCAUGACAAGCUGGGCUUUGCAAGGUAGCGAAAUUUGUCAUGCAUUUUGUACAUGUACAGGAAAUUUACAUUGCAUACGAUCAAAGAGGACAUGGACUUCGGCGGUUCCAUCUACAAUCGUGGCGAGCACAUCGACGGCUGCACGCUCGCAUGUAUCGCAAAACUGUCUGAGUCAGGAAGAAUGCAAGAUUUGUCAUGCUUGUCUGGCAUGAAACAAAAAUCUGUGAUGCAUGGGCACGAAGCGGUCCUGUAUUCUGUCAUGCAAGCACGCAGCUUGCCAUGCGGAACACGCAACACAAAGGAGCCCAAAAAAUUUGUCAUGCUUGGCUCCGUAUUGCAGUGGAUGAACUCUCAUUCACUUUUAGCAUUACAUUUUUCCAGACCCAGACAUAUUUGCAAUGCAUAGCUCACCUACGCGGACAACAGUGAGGGCGCUGUGGACGUGCGCAACGAGGUGUUUUUCAAUGUGCGACCCCCGGUGGCCGCGGACAAACCGCCCACGAAGGGACACCGCAUUUGCACCCCGGACGCGCCGGCGUUUGUUACCGGGUACGGGUUCGUGUCGCAGGGGGAGGAGUGCAUCCCGAAUGGGGGCUUUCGCGAGUGGGUGGAGGGCGGUCCGGACCUGAUCGGGCAGCCGUGGUACUGCGCGCGGCAGUGCGACCUGGAGCGGGAUUUCUACUGCGAAAUGUACAGCUCCAGCCCGGGUCGGUACUGCAAGCUGUACAGCGAUUGCCGGCAAAAGGUGAUGAUCACCGGGCUGCGACCGUCCUAUUUAUACAAACGAAUCGGUCCCUCGGCGAGCUAUCAAAGUGAAAGAAGCCCCCACCCCAUAUCGAAAACGGAAGAUGCGCGAAUUUGUGAUGCUGUAUUUGAGUACACAAGUCGACUUGUAUUGCUAGAAGUCCAAUAGACGACGCUGCAGCCUAAAUUGCAGGCAAUCUGUCAUGCUGUUUCCCACUUCCAGUUGCCUCCGGUCAUCCUGGAGCUGCAAGGCUUUCCCACGCUAGGCAGCACUACAGUCCGCAUUUUUUGCCUUCUAGCAUCACAAAGCUGAUUUGUGGCCACAAAUCUGCAUCACAGAUUUCCGUUUUGAUAUGGGGAGGGGGCAUUUUUCAUUUUGAUACGAUCUACCCGAUCUUCAUCGCGUCGGACUUCUACAUUCUCCCCUACAACGGGGCGACCCGGAUGGUGUGCCCCAACACACUCCGCUACCCGACGGUGCAGGAGUGCGAGAUGAUGGCGAUUCGGGAGGGUUUCGGCUGGGGCGGCGAAGUUUUGUUGCCGCAGUACCUGUAUCAAAAGUAAAAAUGUCUGGGUCUGGAAACUUGUAAUGCUAAAAAUGAAUGGUAGACGCUACGCACUGCAGUACGCAGCUGUGCAUGGCAAUUUUUUUGGCUGCCAUGUCUUACGUAUUUCGCAUGGCAAACUGCGUUUUUGCAUGACAGGUGCGAGGGCUUUUUCGUGCCUAUGCAACACAGAUUCUCGAGUCAUGCUAGACAAGCAUGACAAACUUGCAUUCUUCCCGACCCAGACAUUUUUGCAUUUCAUAACCUGUCCGGCUGCGUGAUUCCGGUGGAGGCGGAGCUGGGGACGGCGAUUGUGGAGAUAUCAAGUGUAAAAAUGUCUGGGUCUGGAAACUUGUGAUGCUGGUUGGCGUAUCAUGAGGCGGCCACAAGUGCUGGCUCAGCAUGACAAGUUUCUCAGCUUCGAAGUGUUGCCUAUUCUGCAUGACAAACUGCGUUUCUGCAUGACAAAAAAACGGGGCUCUUGGGUAACGUGACAGACUUUGGGGUCAUGCUGGCAGAGCAUGACAGAUCUUCCAUUCUUCCAGACCCAGACAUUUUUACAAUCCAUAGGAGAUCGAGAAGGACAACAGCAGGACGACGCUGUAUUUCAACAACAUGCCGGAUGAAAACGUGCCGACGACGACCUCCACGACCACGACAACCACCACCACGACAACAACGACGACAACCACCACAACCUCCACUACCACGACCAGCACGACCACGCAAAUGAUCUACACCAAUAUGCCGCUCCCCCCGACCACGACCACGACGAGCAGCACAACGCACGCGCCGAACACCACAGCGCCGGCGCCCGUGCCAACGACGUCGACCACGACAACGAGUACCACCACGCUCAAAUACGUUCCGAUGCCGAAUACAACCCUGCCGCCAAUCGUGACGACAACGACCGCGGUGCCCACAACCACGACGGAGGCGCCGAUCACGUUCCAGGAACCGGAGAUCACAACGGUGGAGGCGAACACGACCUUAGCCGCGGAAACCACGACGGAAGUCCCCACGACGACCGAGGCGCCGACGACCGACGCCGCGACGAUCGAAGCGACGACGCCGGCCGCAACCGAGGAGCCCACGACGCAGAACGCGACCCAGGUGUUUCAACCUGUGACGCAGGCCGCCCCGGCCUUGCUGAAGAGAAACGAGGAGCAGUUGGACCCCGGGUUAGAUUCCAACGUCGAUGACGUCUGGCUGAACGGGGCCGACCAGCUGGACGGGCACACGGACAUGCUGAGCGAGGAACAGUUGUACGGCGGUGCUGAGACCACCGGGACGGACUAUCGAAUGCAAAUGUUUCUGGGUCUGUGAACUUGUGAUGCUAGUACAGUGUACUUGCAUCAUGAAAAAACACAAUUUCGACUGCAGCCAAAAAUUAUGACAUGACAACUUUGCAGAACGCUUUCUCAUUCCUAGGUGCGUUUAUUUUGUAUGACGAAAGAGUUUUUAUGGUUAGGCAAGACAAAUCUCACAGGAAAACGAAAAGGGUAAGACCAGCAUUACUAGAUCUUUCCAGACCUAGACACGUUUGCACUGCAUACGGACGUGUAUGAUCCGAACUACAUGGUCGAGCCGAUUUACGACAACCAAAAUCCGCCGUAUGACUUACCUUCUUGGCCGGCCCAACAUAGUCCAAGUAGUGGAAAAACUGUCAACUUCAUGCAAAUCGUGAUGACUGGAGGUGGAUCAUCUUCUAGCAGUGCGUCCCGAGAUCUGAACAGCUUCGGCAGGACGGGCAGUUUGGUUUUGCAGCAAAGUAAAGCCUCAUCUGCAGUCCUUAAAGACUCGUUAUCCGAGGAAAACGCGGAGCAAAAAGCGACCAUGCGAUGGCUAGGCAGAGCGGGGCACCGCGUCUGCACCAGGAUAAACCAGGUGAAAUUACUUGGCUACACGAUGGCGGGUGAUGGCUUCGACUGUUACUCGGCGAUAUUGUGAGGAAAAAUCUCCCUUCCCCAUAUUCAAAACGUAUCUUCUGAAAAUUUGUGAUGCAGAUUUGUGACCACAAAUCCUGUCUGUCUUGCUAGAAGGCAGAUCCAGGCUCUCUGCCACGCUAUGCAGGCGAUUUGUGAUGCUUCGAGGCCUACACGGCAGACGCCUGCCGUGCUAGGUGCCUACACCAUGAGGCUGAGGCCCCUAUCUAGGCUUGCGAUCUGCGUGCAGUCCUCUACUGCAAGACAAAUCUGAUUUGUGUACGCAGAUCCAGCAUCACAGAUUUCUUUUUUUAUAUAGCGAGGGGGGAUUUUUCCUCACAAUAGGCGACGCAGCGGAUUUACCGCACUGGCGACCCGGAAACCGAGGGGGACCCGGCGGCGUGCGCGUCGGAGUGCGAUAUGGACGGAAAGUGCUCGGUUUUGGUGGUGAUGCGGGGCUUGGAGUGCAGAAUCUACGAGGAGUGCGCGGAGAAGAAAAAGGCGCCGGAUAGCAUGGUCGUGUGGCUGUACGAGAAGAAACACAGUAUUUUGAAGUGAGUGUUUUUGACAGUAUGCGUAAGCUACGAAGUGAAGAAUUGGUUCGUAAUUUUUACUGUCCGCAAAAAUUUGGCAAUAUCCUUAUCCUCCAGCAAAACUUAAAACACCGCGUACAAAAGUUUGUCAUGCGCUCUGUGCACCAGCAUAAUCGCAUACUUAACGCUCGUCGUGCAUGAAAGACCUAAACUUUAAAAAUCCAGCUCCCCCCGUCGAGGUAGAAUUGGACGUCGACCUGGAGAACGAAGCGACUGAGAUCAACCAGAACCUCACCUUAGGAGACAAAAAAGCGGAGAACGGCACCACGAUUCACACACGAGAAGAGCCGGCCGAGGCCCUGAUGCUUGCGGAAAAGGGGCGGAGGCAACUCGGGAAAGCUGAAAUGCAACUCCACAAGUCCUCCUCUUCCGCACAGAAGACCACGGCUCUCGCACGGAUGGGCUACAUGACGGGAAAACGGGCGGAGACGAAACUAGACCAGAUUCUAGCGAGGUUCAACACGGGUUUUCAAAAGCAAAGAAUCCGGAAUUCCAGGUACAAGGGUGACCUCGGCACCGACUACCGAACCGCCUCUACCGGUGUUAUUGACGUGAACGGCGCGGCGAAUGGCUACGAACCGUUCGGGGAGAGUCUCGUCCGGUCGUUAACGUGCAACCCAGACAUGCAGAACUUGAUCGCCGACGUGAAAAACGGGGGCACAGUGUAUGGCUGUUCUGCGGUGUGCAACAGCACGGAGGGCUGCGGGUUCUUCGCGUAUUCCGACGACGAGUCGUGCGACAUCUACAAGUAUCCAUUGCAAAAGUGUCUGGGUCUGGAAGGGUACGCCGUUUGUCAUGCACAUUUUGCAUGAUCCAUGAUGUCUGUGGUGCAUGCCCUAGCAUCACAGAUUUUGUGACGGCUCUCUGAUGCCCAUGCUGUGUGAGAAAUGCCUACUCCGCGUAGGAAAUAGUGGACCUCUUUUGCGGUUCAUGCAAUACAGAUUUUACGUGUAAUCCAUAGGCAGCAUCACAAGUUGCCAUCUUCCAGGCCCAGACAUAUUUGCAGUUCAUAACAAGCGGUGUGACGAGAUGAUUCAGGCCCCGAACUACCGCGAGCGCGGCGGCUAUCCUGAGUAAAAACGUACCCACACCAGAGUCAAGAUGGGGAAUCGGCUAGACAAAUCCACAAGUUUUGGCUGUUUUGCAUGACAAAUUUGGAUUCGUAGUGUAGUGCUGUUUGAGCUAGCUCAGCAGCGUCACAGAUCUAGCAUACCAUGCUAAUUGGAGUAUGACAAAUUGCAAAACACGACUAGAAAACGCUUCUCAUGGGGCUCCGCAUGAGAAACAUUUUCAGCAUGCAGAUUUGCAUUACAACUCUGGCGUGGGUACGUUUUUACUCAGGAUAGCGGCGUGAUGAUCUACCGGAAGGAGCUCCGGCCCCGGACGAAUGUGACCUGUGGCGAGACGGACUACUUUUUGACGGCGCCCGGCUUUAACCACUGCCCGACCGCAUCAAAUGUAAAAAUGUCUGGGUCUGGAAGGGUUGGAACUUGUGAUGCAAACUCUGGAACACACAAAAAUUUGUGUUGCAUGAGCGCCAAAAGCUGUCCACUUCUUGGCACGCAAGCAGGAAGUUUCUCAUGUGGGAGAAGCAUCGUGAGGCGUGCUCAAAACCUGUGAUGCUUUUGCCUGCAUCAGACGCCAUUUGCGUGAUCCGAAAUAUGCAUGACAAAUCUCGCAAUCUUCCAGACCCAGACAUUUUUACACUUGAUAAACCGGCGUGCGGUACGAAUCUGCUUCGGAAGCGGAGUUAUUGCAAUGAAAAAUGCCCCCACCCCCGAACUUCUUGGGAGCAUUUGUAUUGCAAACGGUUUGCAAUACAAAUGCUCCCAAGUUCGGGGGUGCAUGUUUCAUUUGGAAAGGUUUAACCUUUCCAAAUGAAACAUGCGCCCUCUUGCAUGUAUCGGCAUCACAGAUUUCCGAUCGUGAAUAGCAAAAAUUUGUAUUGCAAAAGAUCCCAGCAAGAGCGGCGCUUGUCAUGCAAGCGCUGCGACACACACCUAGACUCUGUAUCACAAAGAUUCAUACUCCUUUUAUGCAUGACAAAAACCUUUCAUUUGGAAACUUUGCAUCAGAAACUAUUGCAAUUUCAGGGGUGGGGGGCACUUUUCACUGUAAUAGGAGUGUCGGGACAUCUACGAGAACUUGUGUAAGGACACACUGAUCAACAUGGUCACCAAUGUCCCGUUCACCUUUGCGGGCGCCAAGUCCUUCGACGAGCCGUCCGGCUGCUUUGCGAAGUUAAUGGAGAGCGAGACCAGGGGGGUCUACAACGUGCAGCCAGAUUCCGGUGCGAUGGGGAAAUACGACCACCUGCUCUGCAGCCGUAUUUUUGAAAUGAAUUUAUUUCGUCGACUACAGUUUUUAUGUGUCAUCUUGUCUACUCAACAUCUGUGUUGCAGCAAGCAGUGACUUGCAGGGGUGUAAUUUCUCAUGCGUAGUAGUUCUCGCUAAGAUGCAAGAGAAACUCCAUUGUGCUCUCUCACGUCCUCCAGGUAUCCCGACCGAGAAGAUCGAGUGUGGCGACUCCGGCUACGUCAUCGCCCCAAAAGGUGCGAAAAAGUGUCCGGACGGCACGCGCUUUGCGCACCCCGCGGACGGGACGAUGUGCGGCGAGAUUUGGAACAACGAAUGCGGUAUCAAAUGUAAAAAUGUCUGGGUCUGGAAGAAUGCAACUUGUGAUGCUGUAUUUAGAUUCCAAAAGAAUCUGUAUUGCAUGAGUAGCAAACGGAAUGCAAUUUUUGCUACGCUGAGAAGGCAUUUGUCAUGCGGAAUAGGCAUCAAGAAGCCCUCAAAAAAUCUGUAUUGCUAGGGUAUGCAUCACAGACAUCAUGGCUCAUGCCAAACGUGCGUGACAAGUGUCAGAAUCUUCCAGACCCAGACAUUUUUACAGUUGAUAUGCGGGCCGAUAAUCCGAGAAAUGUCGCCCAACCACAUUCAAACCUUUUCCGAAAUCAACUCGGAUCAGUUCCCGCCGGGGUGUUUCUUCUCCUUAGGGCCAAACGAGAAGUACGGGGCCUACAACCAGGGCGGGGAGUAUGAAGAAGGGGCCGCGAAAAUAGAAAACCCGUAUCAGCGGCUACUGUGCACAAGUACUUUCCUAUUCUGGUUGCGUUUCAUUUUUUUAUGCUUGAUUUUCAUGCUUGUUGAGCAUCUUUGUUUGUCAUGCGCAUCUAGCCUGGCAGAAAACAAACUAAUUCUACUGUGAUACGCAAGAGGUGGUAAGUAAAUCAAGACACAACCCACAGGUGCCGAGGCCGAAGAGAUCAAGUGCGGGAACACGAAUUUUUACCUGCCCCCGCUAUCAAAUGCAAAAAUGUCUGGGUCUGGAGGAAUGCAAGUUUGUCAUGCUUGUCUGGCAUGACUCGAGAAUCUGUGUUGCAUAGCGACGAAAGAGCCCUCUUAACUGUCACGCGAAAAGGUAGUUUGCCAUGCGGAAUACGUAAGACAUGGCAGCCACAAAAUUUGUCAUGCAUAGCUGCGUAUUGUGGCGCGUCUAUCAUUCACUUUGAGCAUUACAAGUUUCCAGACCCAGACACAUUUGCAAUCCAUACCCGCCGAUGGAAAACAAGUGUCCGGAAGGAGCGCGGUACGCAGCUUUCAACGAGGACGAGUGCAGGACGAUCUACAAGUCGCACUGCGAACUCACGCUGAUGGCAAAGUUCCCGCAUUUGAACAACAAUUUUAAGACGGACCUGGACAACGACGAUCUCCCCGGCGGCUGCACGUUUGUGCUGGGGGGCGCGAUGGAAAACUACGCGGGAUUCAACCAAGGAGGCAGCUUAGACCCGGACAACAGACCCAUUAUCAUGGAAAGCCAAGCGAGAAUACUCUGCCUCCGAGGUACAGUUGAAGCUUUGCUUAAUUUGUUUUAAGUGAUCACUCACAGAUUUGAUAUUGAUUUAUGCUAAGAAAGCGCUUCGUAGUGCCUCGCUAAGCAAGUAAUUUUUUGCCGAAGGAGCAGCGUUGCACUGAAAUGGCCCGGCGAUUUAGUGCCUCCAUUAAGCAGUGCCUUUUUUGAGUGGCGCCUCGCUUAAGUAGUGCAGCGCUUGAGUAGUGCCGCGCUUAGGUAGUGCCGCGCUUAGGUAGUGCCUCGCUUAGGUAGUGCGUCGCUUAAGUGGUGCCUUGCUUAAGUAGUGCGUCGCUCAUGUAGUGCCGCGCUUAAGUAGUGCCACUCGCUUAGGUAGUGCCUCGCUCAAGUGGCGCCUGGCUUAAGUAGUGCGUCGCAUAAGUCGUUCUGCGCUCUCGUAGUGCCGCGCCGAAGUAAUGCCACACUUAAGUAGUGCCUCGCUUAAGUAGUGCUGCGCCCACACAGUGCCUCGCUUACGUAGUGCCUCGCUCAAAUGGCGCUUCCCUUAAGGAGUGCGUCGCUUAAGUAGUGCGCUUAAGUAGUGCCGUCCCUAAAUAGUGCGUCCCUUAAGUAGUGCCUCGCUCCUCCAGUACCUCGCUUCAGUGCUUCGCCUAGGGAGUACCUCGGCCGCUUUCGGCUGGUUUCCAUAGAUUCAUCUCACUGCGAACCAUAUAAUCAAAGACAACAAAUAAAACAAAUUAUUCACUCAGGCGCACCGGAGGACACGAUGCCGUGCGGGAACUCGCAGUACUACCUCAACGCGAAAGGCAAGACCACAUGCGACUCGUAUACAUUGCAAAUGUGUCUGGGUCUGGAAGAGUUCCAACUUGUCAUGCUAAGUCCGCUUCAUGCAAAAAUCUGUCUUGCGCCAGCACCAAUAAAACAAGUUGCACUUUUUUAACCAACAUGAGACGGAGUUUCUCAUGCAGGAUAGGCAUGAUAGAGGCAACAUCACAAAUUCUGUCAUGCUAGGUCCUGCAUUCCAGACCUCAUUGGGCAUGGAAAUUUUGCAUGACAAGUUUGUGCUCAUCUUCCAGGCCCAGACAUAUGUCCACUUCAUAACUCCGGCGGUGUGCCCAUUUCCUUCGACGACCCCGCGGACGACGACAAUCCGGGCGUCUGCAAGUCCAUCUGGACCCAGCACUGCGAGACCGCGCUGAACCAAGUGCUGCCCACCUACCGAACCCAGUACACCAUCGCGGCCGACGGGCCGAGUUUCUGCUACGCGUCCUUCGCCGCCGCGGCCGACGGGUCGAAGCAGGUCACGGGGCAGUACAAUUCCGCGGCGACCGACGACUCCGUUCAGCGGGUCCUCCACACGUACGAGCGCUUAUCCGCUGCAAAUAUGUAGUCUGGGUCUGGAAGAGUGCGAGUCUGUCAUGCUUUGCCGACAAGACAGAAAAGUCUGUCAUGCUUGGUGCGCUACAGUGCCACUUGUUUGUCAUACAAAAAAGCCAUUUGUCAUGCGGUUCACGCUAGACAUAGCCGCUCAGAAACUUGUCAUGCGCGGCCCCCCAUACAGGUUGCGCAUCAUUCGGACAUUAGCAUCACAACUUUCCAGACCCAGACAUAUUUGCAAUGCAUAGCGCUUGAUUUGCGACAACGUCGGGGGUUUCAUGUCCAUGGGCAAAGGCUACUGCGAGCUUGGCGCCUACAAUGGCGCAGCGAAAACGGCCGAUAAAGAUCAGAUGACGGAAGCGAUGUGUGCCGGGAUCUGCCGCCGGGAGUACGCGUGCCGCUACUUCUCCGUGAAGGCGAAAACCAAUUGCGUUACGUUCGAUGAGAACGCCGGCGAGUGCCCGGUCGGAACCGAUGUCAACACCGACCUAUGAAUUGCAAAAUUAUCGUUCUAGUAGAAAGCGCAUGACAAAAGUCCUCAGCGUGAGAAAUGGAAUUUGUCAUGCUGAUUUACCUUGGAACUGAGAUUUGUAAAAAUGCAUUACUGACUACGAGUGCGAUACUUUUGCACAGCAUAGGACUACGAACUGUAUAAGAAACUCGGUGGGGAGGAGCGCGUAGGCCUGGAAUCUCUGCAGGUCUCCAUGUCCUCGGAACUGGAGGGCGCGGAGGGGACGAAGGCGUUGGAGUACCGGGUUGGGGACAGUACGGAGUGGGCUACUGGCUCCUGCACCUCCAUAUGGAUUGCAAAAAUGUCUGGGUCUGGAAGGUUGGAACUUGUGAUGCUAACUUUGGACUCUAAAAAAUUGUGUAUUGCAUGACCAGCAACAGGAGCCCGGUUUGUGCUACGCGUGGAGGGCAUUUGUCAUGCGGAAUAGGCAUCAGGAAGGCCUCUAAAGAUCUGUGAUGCUAGGGCUUCCAUGACAGACAUUCUGUGUCAUGCAAAAACAGCAUAACAAAUUUCGGAUUCUUCCAGACCCAGAUAUUGUUGCGUUUCAUACUCCACCGCGAACGGCAACGGGCUGCAGUCCUGGAAGGUGACGUUUGUCGAGAGAACCUUCAACGAGACCGACCAGAGCGUUUUGUCCGUUGACGAGGUCUAUAAAUGCAAAUAUGUCGGGGUCUGCAAGAGUGUAAACUUGUGAUGCUAAAUCUGCAUCAUGGAAAAAUUUCCGUUGCGUGAUUACCAGAAGCCGUGCACUUUUGACGAAGUUGCGAGGGAGUUUCUCAUGCGGAAUAGGCAUGAGUGAGAUCUCAUACAGUCUGUCAUGCUAAGUUCUGCAUUGCUGACCUCGUGUGUCAUGGAAAACCCGCAAUACAAGUCUUUCAAUCUUCCAGACCCAGACAUUUUGCAUUUGAUAAAGUCAGGCGGUUUGUCACCAAAAUCGUGAUCUGGAACCGGGCGGACGACGCGCAAGAAAGGCUGAACAACGCGGACGUGGUGAUCGACGACCAGGUUGUCGCCAAUCUCGGUGAAGUGACAAGCAACCCCGCGGCCGGAACCGUCGUGUUGCUGAACGCCUGGGGCGGGAACUUGGAGAUCAGGCUGACCGACCACUUUUUGACGAUUUGCGGGAUCCACGUUUUCGCGGAGUCUAUGCCUGCGGUUUUCCCGACGGAAACAACGACCGAAGCGCCCGCGGCGGAAGAAUCGGGGACGAUCUCCCCGACGCACGAAACUACGACAACGGACCAUCCCCCGAUUCCGGUCGCGGCAGAAACCAGUACGACUACAACUACCAGUACAAGCACGACAACCAGCACGACCGAAUACGACGGCACGCUUAGCCCAUACAACACCACAACCACAAGCACCACGACGGAGAAAGAGGCGGAGUUUGUCGCGAGCACCGUGCCCGGCACAAAUAACGAUAAUUACGACGCGACGCACAAUAUCAGAUGGAAAUAUGUCUGGGUCUGGAAGGAUGCAAGGUUUGUCAUGCUUGUCUGGCAUGACUGAAGAAUUUGUGAUGCGUGUCCAAGAAGAGACCCUUUUUCUUGUCGUGCAAAAACGCAGCUUGCCAUGUGGAAGGCGCAACACUAAGCAGCGCAGAUACGUCUCAUGCUUUGCUGUGCAUUACAGAGCAUUCACUAUUUCCAACCCAGCAUUACAAGUUCCCAGACAUAUUUGCAAUGCAUACACAACAUAACCACGACCCACGCGCCCGCGGAUCAGUUUGUGAACAUUACACAAGCGCCGGGGGGCAGUGGCGGUGGAGGCGAUAGUGGUGGUGGCGGUGAUGCCAACACGGGGCCAACGACCACGCCCAACCCGGACGGGAGCGCGCAGACGUCGCCGGACAGCGCCACACUGACGAAGAGCCCUAACAAUGCCACACUGGUGAAUAAGCAGAACAACUUUUUACUAGAUGAACAACAAGAGCCUCUUCCAGUGAAGAUAGAUCAGAACGUGCAAGCCCCCGGAGGAACAAACUUCGCAGGAGCUGCAGGAGCAGCAGUCCCACUUCCGGGAGAAAUGAACGCGAUCCGCACGAGUGCGACCGAUUUUACGGAUCCGGCGUACGAUUCCGCGGGCGAAUUUCCGGCAGUGGAGGACUUGGGUGUGCAGCAAUAUCAAAUGUAAAAGUGUCUGGGUCUGGAACAAAGCAACUUGUGAUGCUGCAUUUGGAUUCCAAAAAAAUCUGUAUUGCAUGAUGAGUACCAAAGGAAAUGCAAUUUUUUCUACACUGAGAGGGCAUUUGUCAUGCGGAAUACGCAUCAAGAAGCCCUCAAAAAAUCUGUAUUGCUAGGGUAUGCAUCACAGACAUCAUGGCUCAUGCAAAACGUGCAUGACAAGUGUCAGAAUCUUCCAGACCCAGACACUUCUGCAGUUGAUAAGCAACAGCAGCCCACAGAACCCUUCGGCGCGUACGACCCAGCGAGUAAUGCCGGGCAGACACUUAUCAAAAUGAAAAAUCCCCCCUCCCCAUACCGAAAGGGAGAUUUGUGUAGCAUGAUUUGUGAGCACAAAUCACGUUGUCAUGCUAGAAGGGAAGAGAUGCGAAUUGUAGUGCUGGCUGGCGUAGGAAAGCCUUGCGCCUUUAGCAUGACAGAAAGCAACUGGAAACGGAAAACAGCAUGACAAGUUGCCUGCAAACGAGGGAGCAGCUGCGUCUCUUGGCCUUCUAGGAAUACAAUUCGAUUUGUGUACUGAAAUACAGCAACACAAAUUUCGUUUUGGAUAUGGGGAGGGGGGAUUUUUCCUCACAAUAACACUACAGCAAGAGUUAGAGACGCAAGAAAACCCAACCAAGACCCAGCUGAACACGCAGGGGACGGGGAUAGAAGGGGAUCCGAAUUCCCAAUCCUGGUAUCCCGGGUCGCCGCAGGGGGGCAGUGACGAACUGCACUACUUGGAAAAAGACGACCCGGAGCUGAACGGUAAAGCGACCAUCGUGGACUGGAUGCCAGGACAGCACGAGAUAGAUCCCAAGACAGACGCGAUUCCAAAGACGGAAGUGACGAAGUUGGAGGACUUGCAGUUGCUGGAAAAGGGUCGGAAGGUGGAAAACAUGGAGAGAAGUACUUCAGUAUCUUCUGGGGAGAAAAAUAAAUCUGAAGAAGAAGAUGCCGACCUGACGGAAUUGCUCAAGAACUGGAGUGGUAUUUGUACGUGUUUGAUGUCCAUACUUCUACGUGUUUUUUAAAAUUUCGUGCAACAGAAUGAUUAAAUCACGAAUUAUGGUGCGAGUCCUGCAUGACAGAAGGGAAUUCCACAACUACAUCAUAGGUGAUCAACUCGCUUCCGUACUGUCAGACCAGGAAGUAAAGUUCAAGAGUCAUAACCCAGUAUCGUAGCCUAGUGAAAAGAACACAUCGAGCAGUCAAGAAACGUAUACCGUUUUUUUUUACAGGAAUUCUACUCCUGGAGAAUCGCUUUGUAGGUCCAAGAAACGGGCGGCAAAUAAAGUCCUUACUGUUACAACAAUGUUGUGCGCGACGCAAAAGCUCAUGAACAAUGACAAAAGUUUGUCCAUUUUGAUUUACAGAAAUUCUUGGUUUACAAAGUUUUUUGACUCUUCCAAUUUUCUGUCCAUACCCCCCUCCAGCAGCAGUUCAUAGACGACCAGGCUCCGCCCUCCGGGGGCGCGCAAACCCCCGGCACCGCGUCUUCCUCCGGUGGCGGCAUUUUCAUGCAGAUGAUGAAGAAGGCCAUAGAUUUCCUGCCAAAUAUUCUUAUCAAAUGCAAAUAUGUCUGGGUCGGGAAGAGUCCCAGGUUUGUCAUGCAUAUUUUGUAAGACCCAUGACGCCUGUGAUGCAUGACCUAGCAUCGCAGAUUUUUUGGGGGCUUCCUUAUGCCUAAUCCGCAUGAGAAAUGCGCUCUCCGUGUAGAAGAAACUGGGCUCCUCUUGCUAGCCAUGCAAUACAAUUUUUUUCAGGAUCCAAGGACAGCAUCACAAGCUGGAACCUUCCAGACCCAGACAUACUUGCAUUUAAUAAUUCUGGUCAGGUCACAACCGGACGACGAUAACGCCGAGGGGCUGGAUAGUAGUGAGGAUGAAACAAUAAAAAGCAAAAAACAACACUCCUCGUCCCAGCACGUCAUCAAGCAAGACCUCCGAGACCCGCAUAAGAAGCUGCAGAAAAAGAUAACUACGAAAAACACGGCAUCCAACAAGCACCAAACCGCUUUGAUUCAGAACAAGAAGCAACUUCCGAAAGAAGUUCAGGAGAUUGUAGAAAAGGAGAAGCAAGACCUUGCCUGUUUUGAAUCAACCAAACAAGUGAAUGAUGAGAAAACAGACUUGCAGCACACCUGGCGGGCGUCGGUCGAAGACGGGAGUAAGUUCGUGACAAGGGUUUUCAUCGCCAACAAACCGGGCGAGAACCCAGAACUACUCAAAAACACAAAGCUGUUUGUCGACGGGUCAAUCGUGAACGAGUGGCGCGGCGCGGGGGAUGACGGCGUGUACAUUCCGAUCUACCGGAAAGCGAGGUCCUUUGAGCUGAAGUCCACAGCCACCGGCAAAGUCGCCGCCCUGCAGAAACCGUUUCCGGUGUGUAAGUUCCAAGUGCUGACCCAGUCCCCGAAGUUCCGACCCAUCGGCUGCUAUCGCGAUUACGUGCGGGGGACGAUGAGAACGUUGCCCGUGCAGAAGAUGGCGAUGAACACAAUGAACAGCGAGAACUUCUUUUCCCCCGAAGAAUGCGCGGUGCAGUGUCACGGGGUCAACGAGGUAUCAAAUGUAAAAGUGUCUGGGUCUGGAAGAAUUCGAGACUUGUCAUGCUGCUUUUCCAUGACCCAUGAGGUCUGGAAUGCAGGACCUAGCGUGACAGAUUCUGCGAGACCUUAUUAAUGCCUAUCCUGCAUGAGAAACUACCUCCCGACUUGGUCAAAACUGGACGACUUUUGGUAAUCAUGCAACACAGAUUUUUGCAUGCUGCAGAUUUAGCAUGACAAGUUGCAAUCUUCCAGACCCAGACAUUUUUACAUUUGAUACGAGGGGCCGGACUACAAGUAUUUCGGGUUGCAGAAGUCCGGGGAGUGCUGGUGCGGGAAUAGCAUGCCGGAUAUCGAAGAAAAAAACUGCGUUAGUGUAGCUGUCUUGGAGUGACAGCAUGACAAAUUGGCUCUGCAUGACAGAAAAAACCUGUCAUGCACGGCUAGUACGUGGAAACACAUAUGCAAAGAGGACGGCAUGGUUAGCCAGCAUGAGAAAUGUAACUGCGUAGCGUGCUUUGCAUGACAGACUUACACGGACACGGUUUUUUCCUUGCAUGCCGGAGCUGAAAGUAAAGCAGAAAUUUUGCAACAUGAAAUGCUCGGUGGAAACAAAACUGCCGAGCGGCACGACUUGCGGCGGCGACUGGCACAACUCGGUCUUCGAAAUGACCGAACUGCCGCGUACUUUUGCUGAUUUGUGUAGAAGUUUUGUGUCGCGGAAGUAAAACUUAAACUUCUGCAGAAACAGGACACGAUUAUAGAUUUUUGAGUUUUUCUCCAACUACAGGGUUGUCGUCAUGUGUAAUGACAAAAUUCCUUUUGAUUUUAGCUGUUCUCGUCUUACAUGAUAAAAACAAACACCCCAGCCGGCGUCGACCGUGUAGACCUGGAAGCUUUGGAAAAGCAGCAAAGCACGCUGCGAAAAGUUGUGGACCAUAUCAAAUGCAAAUAUGUCUGGGUCUGGGAGAUUGCGAGACUUGUCAUGCUAAUCUGGCAUGACUCUGAACUCUGUAUUGCGUGGCCGCGAAGAGCUCCUCUUGCCUGUCAUGCAAAAACGCAGUUUCUCAUGCGGAGUACGCAACUCAGAACCACGGCAACACUUGUCAUGCUGGGCAGCGCACUACAAUGCUUCCACUAAUCCCUUCCUUGCAUCACAAGUUUCCAGACCCAGGCAUAUUUGCAAUGCAUAGACAACCUGCAGACGCAACUGCGCAUCGCCGGGGGGGAGGAAGCGAAGACGCCAGAUACCAAAUGUAAAAAUGUCUGGGUCUGGAAGAAUGCAACUUGUGAUGCUGAAUUCUGUAUUGCAUGAGCAGCAAAGAGAGUCCAAGUUUUGCUACACGCAAAGAGCAUUUGUCAUGCGGUAUAGGCAUCAGGAAGCCCUCACAAAAUCUGUGAUGCUAGGGCAUGCAUCACAGACAUCAGGAGUCAUGCAAAAUAUGCAUCACAAACCUAGUAAUCUUCCAGACCCAGACAUUUUUACAUUUGAUACCAGACCCCAGCAGCCCGAAGGCCGCCGCCAGGAUGAAGCAGCAGUUGGGCGGGGCCAUAAUAGACUCGCGGGAAGAUGAGCAAGGAAAGCCUCGAGAGAAAGUGCCAGAUCAGGAAGUGCUGCGGUUCAGGAGGCCGUGAGACCAGCACAUGAUUUGGGUGCAGCUUUUGUGGAGGUGAAAGCGGGUCUAAUUUGCUUCCAAUUAGAUACGUAUUCAAACAAGUUUUUUCGUAGAAAUCAAUUUUCAAGAAAGUCGCUUUAUGUCCAUUCAUUCGACAAGCUGAAGCUUAAGGCUGUUUCGUAAAGGCUUUUAUUCAAAACAUCCCAUUAAAGACAAAAAACUUGGCCCGAUUUGUGAGGGAAAAGCCUUUCCAAGAAAGACCCGCCACGAAAAAAGGACCGUAAAACAAACCGUUAAAAGGGAACAGCUGAUACUCAAAAACACCGACUUUAUUAGGGACCGAAUUUCUAUUUUCAUUCUAUCCGACAAAAAAAAGAGCAUUCACAGUCGCCUGCGUUAGAUGCGGGAGCCUGUGAAGAUGCUUUAGACAAUAAACACACAUCUAAUGACUUUACCUGGAACAACAUUUUUACAUAUUGGAGGUUUUUUAUUGUUUCGCUUUAUCACGCCAGGGACAGGGUUUCGAAGAAUUCAAAGCGCGUAGUUCGGAUUUUGUUUUGAAAUUUUACGUCGCCGGUAGUACUUAUCCGUAGGAAUACGGACAUAUGUCGUGCAAGGGCGCACUACUGUGCCCCCCUAGUCUGAUUUUUUGAAAAAAGUACACUAAAGAAAAUGUUUCGUGAUCGUGCAUGAAAAGAACGUAAAGACUUUGACAUUGCUUUGCAACAAUGCCUUGUACCUAGAGCCGUUGUAAUGGACGCCGGAUCAUACUACUACAUGAAACUCAUUCUGCUAGAAUCUCGG